GUGAUAAAUUUGAUCAUUGGCCAUCAGUAUUCAGUGCACAGUGCGUGGACGACAGUUCUUCAAAAUGGUCAAGUACGUGGUACUUCUGGCGCUCUUGGGCCUUGCAGCUGCCGAAAUAGCUGAGUUCAAGAAGUGCACUGAAUCUCCAGAGGAUGUGUGCGUCAUCAACGAGGUCCGUAUAACACCGUGCAAGAAGCCCAGCUCGUGCAAGCUGAAGCUGGGAACUGUGUCGUCCAUCAGCUUUGAUAUGACACCUGGAUUCUCAACAACAAAACUGAAGGCCGGGCUCUUCCUGGCGAAGGAAGGCGAGGGCCAGGAUGUGCCGUUCCCCGAACUGUAUGAAGCCGACGCCUGUCAAUACACUGGCUGUCCUAUGGAAGCCGGCAAAAAGCAGACUUUGGAUUACAGCUUGCGGCUGGGCAAGAAAUUACCUUCUGGUAAAUUCCCCUUCAAAUUUAAGGUUUGGGACGAGGAAGACAAAACCAAGAAUUGCUGUUUCAGAACCAAUGUUGAACUUAGAAAAUAAAUACAUUUUAUAAAAUGA